CUACGCUGAACCAAACUCGCAAUACACAGAAGCUCAUAAAGCACGAGACUGUCUUGAGCUUCAUCUCCAAAUUUCAAUAACGAAGCUCCAAAUUACUCCCCUCUUCGAGUUCAGUUCCCUGUAAUUAGCUUUGCAAGUUGAAACGGGAAGACUUUGUACACUGUCACCAUGGAAAAUCAAGUGGGUGAAUGUAGUGCGAAUGGCACUGAAGAAGCUACUGAUCAUGUCAACUUAGGCUCUGACUCUGAGGAUGUUCAUAUUGCGGAGGAUACUGAGAAAACUGCAGGAGACACCAACAUGGCCAGAAGACCGGUGGUAUUAUAUGGGGAGCCUGAAGUAGGCAUGACUUUUGAUACUGAUGAUGAUGCAUAUCAUUUUUACAGCUCAUAUGCUAGGAGUGUUGGGUUUAAAGUAAGGAAGCUUAGACAAAAUCAGAACAAACAUGGUGAAAUUCGUAAAAGAGAGUUUUGUUGCUCUUGCGAAGGUUUCUACUGUAAAAAGAGAAGUCCACAGAAAAAGAGAGAAGAGAGAAGAUUUGGAUGCAAGGCAAUGCUUGAGAUCAGACUUAACCAGAGUAAAAAGUAUGUUGUUACUAAAUUUGAAGCUGAACACACUCAUUCUCUUGCUCCUGCAUCAAGUUCGCAUGUUUUGUAUAAUCGGGACUCGUCUCCCAUGGCUCAGUUUGGUGAAUUAUGUCAAAUAGCACAUAGAAUCACAUCAGAGGGUGCAAAGACCAGGCAUUCAUACACUUUUGUCAAAGCCAAAUUGUUGAAGUUGGAGGAAAAAUUAAAGAGUUUUCAACAUACUGGACAAGACCAUACUAAACGAAAUGGUGAUUUAGGUUCUGGUAAUCAUUCAAAUGAAGAUGGUGUGCAUAUUAAGUUGCAGGACCCAGAAACUGAGAAGUCUAAAGGGCGGGGGAAAGGUAAGAUGAAGAAUGCUCUAGGGUCUAAGGAUUCGAAAAACCAAGUUUCAUCUGAAAGGAAAGAUUCUAGGGAACCUAAUACGCAUCUUGAUAAGAUGAGUGACCCAUCAGUUGUGCCUGAAAAUGUUCAGGGAUCAAUUGGAGUAGGAAAAGAGAAGGAGUUGAGUAGAUCAUCCUUAUGUCUGGGCGGACAGUUUCCUGGUGGGUUUCCAACCGCUUCUGGUGGACAAGCCAUGCCUUAUCACCUACCUGGCCACCGGUUUAUACUUCCGAUGAUAUCCAAUCGCUCAUUUAUGUAUUCACAGGAAAUUCAAUCAAGUUUACCAAGACCCCAAGGACCAGCUCGUCUACCGAGUUCCUCAAAUCCAUCAACAUCUUAGGUCAUGUUUUUGCUGCAAUAUAGUUGCAAAGCCAUAACCUUCCACAGUGUCUACUUUUAGGACUACGGACAUGUAGCCCGCUGAAAUCAAGAUAUGGAGUUACUUUCAUGUAAGAAAUCUUUGAAAUCAAGGCCUAUCCUUCACUACUCUUCAUUCAAACAAUUAGCUAGCCAUGCUUUGCAACGAAUGUUCUCAUAUUUUUCUUAUUGCUGCAAGUAUUUACAUGUGAACACAUCAUGCACCCAUCUCUUAUUGAUACUAAGAGUAACUAGUUUACUUAUCAGUUUGACCCACUAAAAUAGCAUUGUAAUUCUAAUCUCGAUAGCUGAUCAAUGCAAAUGAAUUUGUUAGGACUUGGAGUAGAAGGGGGUGUUGGAUUUGAUCAGCAUUAGUAAAUAGUAGAGUUUCUCCUGUUGUCAAGUCAUUUGAGUCUCAGUGGUAUUUUUGCUGGAUUGUGCAUCUGGACUGUCUUCUUUAUUUGGCUUUCAGGUUUGGUGCAAAUGAUGGUCAUGGCAGCGCAGCUCCUUCAUUGGAAUUAGGCUUAACCACGUUUUCAUAUUUGGACUUAAGUGUACUGUGGCAAUGUUAGGUUUAAAUUCCAUCUGAGAUCGAUAGAUGGAUCUGACUUUUUGGUUUUUGUUUUCACCUUUUUGUUUUCGACUUCUUAUUGAGCUGAGCAUCUACGAUGACGCCAAAGAGUACUGUUGGAUUAUUUUGUUACAAAGAGCA